AUGGGAUUAGGGGUUGUAAACAAAAAGCAACCAAUUACGCCAGUCUCUAAAUUCCAAACAAUGUUUGGAGUUGAUAAAAGAGCUUUGGCUGCUUUUAGAGUAUGCAUUGGCUUAAUCGGAAUGUACGAUAUAAUUGAAAGAUGGCCUGAUAUUAAAGCUCAUUAUUCUGAUGAAGGAAUUUUACCAAGAUCAACAGUUUCAGAAGUAUUUUGGAAUAAAUCAUGGUUUUCAUUUCAUAUGAUGAUUGGAUCAAUUGAAGGUAUUCAAAUUUUAUUUUUAAUUAAUAUACUAGUUUGCUUUUUAUUAACUAUUGGGUAUCGUUCAAGACUUAAUAUGUUUUUACAUUACCUUUUUGUAAUUUCAUUACAAGCCAGAAAUAAUGUUGUUGGUCAUGGUGGUGAUGUUUAUCUAAGAGUAAUUUCAUUCUUUGGUAUCUUUCUUCCAUUAGGUUCUGUUUUUUCAAUUGAUAGUGCUUUCAAAAGACCAGUUUUAAGAUUAGAAAAAAAGAAAUUUGUUUUAACUAAUUUUGUAACAUUUUCAAUAAUUUGUCAAGUUAUAUUUUUAUAUGUAUUUUCAUAUGUACAUAAAACUGGAGAUGAAUGGAGAGUUGAUUAUACUGCAUCAUAUUAUGCAUUACAAUUAGACUAUUUCCGUACAUUUUUAGUUGACUAUAUUAUUGAAUUUCCAAAUGCUUUAAAGUUAAUGACUAUACUUGUAUUGUAUUAUGAAGGAUUUGGAUCGGUGUUAUUCUUUUCACCAGUUUUCACAGCACAAAUUAGAGCAUUGGGUGCAUUUGGGUUCACAAUGUUACAUAUUGGGUUCGGUGCUUUCAUGAGGUUAGGUAUUUUCAGUCCAACUUGUGCAACUGGUACAUUGAUAAUUUAUCCAACUUGGUUUUGGGAUAAACUAUUCAACUAUUUAAGAACUCGUGAAAGAACAGAUUUCAAAAUUUAUUACAAUGGUCGUCAUGGGUAUAACAUAACAGCAUUGGUUUCAACAUUUCUCUUAUUACCAGACGUUGAAAUUUCACCAACUCCAAUUUUCUCUGAUCAAGAAUGUUGUUUCAUUCAAACUAAUAAUGGAUUACAUAAUAUCUUUUCACCAAGUGGUUUAAUUGGUAAUAAUAAUAAUGUUAAUAAUGGUAAUGAUAUAAAUGAUGGUGCAAAUCAAAAUGAUCAUAUUAAUGAACAAUUAAAUAAUUGGAUAAUUACAAGAGAUAUUAAAGGUAAUCAAUAUACUGGUUAUAAAGCAAUGGUAUCAGUUUGUAAAGUGUCACCAAUACUUUGGCCAUUGGUUUCAGUUUUAGAAUUACCAUUGGUGACAUUGUAUGGUAAAAAAGUAUUGAAGUUGAUGGAAAGAAUCAUUGUUUUCAUUUCUGAUGAUAUCCUAGUACUAAAGCCAAAAUCAUUAACUAAAGAACAACAAACUCAAAUUCAACAAAUUCAAAAUCAAAAACAACAACAACUAUUACAAAAACGUAAUGAACUUUUAAAUGGUACUCUACUAGAUAGUAGUAAUGAAGAUAUCAUCGAUAAUAAUAAUAAUAAUAACAAUAAUAAUAGUGAAGAAAAUAAUAAUGAAUAUGCAUUAUUAAAAAGUGAAGAAGAAAAUGAAAUUAAUUGUAAUUAUCAACGUAAAUUAAUUAGAAAUAAAAGAGUUAAAAGAAUGUUUAAAGGUUUAUUAUUUAAUGUUUGUGCGGUUAUGGGUAUAAUAUUUGCAUUGGGUUGGAAUUGUAAUAAUGUGAAUUGUGGUAUACCAGUGACAUUACCACAAUCUAUCAAUUGGUUAGUAUUUAUGACUAGAAUGGAUCAAAUGUGGUCAAUGUUUUCACCAAGACCACCAGCACAACAUUGGUGGUACACUUUUGAAGGUGAGCUUGAUGAUGGAACUCUUGUUGAACUUUGGAAUAAUCAAGGUUUAUUCACUUGGAUACCAAAUGUCGAGCCUUAUACACGUGAAAAACCAAAUCCUUAUCCUGACUGUAUCGGUAAUCAUCGUUGGUUUAAAGUUUAUGAAAAUUUAAAUAGUGGUGGAAGUUUUGAAACAAUUAGAAUGGGUCUUGGAAAAUGGAUUUGUAGAGAAUACAAUACUCGUCAUAUUGAACAUGAACGUUUACAUCGUUUCAAUAUAGUUUUCCGUAAUGAGCAACAACAUUUAAAUAAUACUCGUUCUCCUUUACCUGAUCAAAUUUUAUGGCAACAUAUUUGUUAUAAUAAACCACAAAAUUAA